UUGGCACAGUUUGCCAUGCGUGCGCGCAACCGGUAUCAUGCGUAUCAAAGAUCAAGGCCACCGGACGGUUUCUAACCUACCGUUUUGAGGUUAGGUAUAAUCACAUUGCUGUUUAUCGUUUUAUUGAGAUAGUAUUCAAAAAUAAAACAGUUUGAAGGAAAAGUGACUGUUGGGAGGUGUGUCUUUGGUAUAAAAUUGAAAUCCCAUGGUCUGACAUAAACACAGCUGAUCUAACCGACCAUGUCCCGUCUGAUCCUACACCGCGCGGUGGGCAGUCCACCAGCCCGGUCUGUGAUGAUGCUUAGCGAAAUCCUGGGCCUGAAGAUGGAGUACAAUGAUGUCAAGAUACUGCAGAAUGAGCAGAAGUCUCCUGAGUUUAAGAAGUUAAAUCCUAUGGGUACAGUGCCCGUGCUCCAAGACGGUGACUUCGUUUUAUCUGAAAGCCACGCCAUAAUGAAGUAUAUGGUAUCUAAGUACGGUGGCGACAAGAGUGAGUCGCUGUACCCGAGCGACCUGCGCACGCGCGCUAUAGUGGACCAGUGCAUGUUCUUCAAUGCCGGAGUUUUCUUCAGGGCGCUAGGAAAUGCUGCUAUGUCAUCAUUCACCGGCCUAGAGAAGCCGACAGCGCAACACAUAGCCGACAUAGAGUCGUCGUUCUCUGUAGUGGACGCGUACUUACAGGGUAGACCGUACAUAGCGGCCGAUCGGCUGACGUUGGCUGAUCUUGCGGCCGGAGCCACGGCUACUAGCAUACAAGUGUUCCGUAAAGUGGAUGCUGAUAAGUUCCCUCGUUGCGCCGACUGGCUAUCACGAUUAGGAGAGGAACAAGUCUUCAAAACUGUCAUGGCGCCGGGAGCAGAAUACUUCCACAAAUUAAUGCACGCUAUAUGGGAGAAAAAUAAGAAGAAAACUCAAAAAUUGGACGCGAGUCCGCCGGCUUGCGCAGUGCGGAUGGUGGCUGACAUCAUCGGACUGCAGCUCGACUUCAAGGACCCGGACAUACAGAAGAUGGAGCACAAGUCUGCUGAAUAUUUGAUGACAAUGGCUCCUUUACUGUACAAGUUGGACGCGAGUCCCCCGGCUUGCGCAGUGCGUAUGGUGGCCGACAUCAUCGGACUGCAGCUCGACUUCAAGGACCCUGACAUACAGAAGAUGGAGCACAAGUCGCCUGAAUAUUUGAUGUUGAACCCUCAGGGCACUAUUCCUGUUCUGGUGGAUGGCGACUUUAUUCUAUCUGACAGCCACGCAAUAAUGAUCUACUUACUAUCUAAGUACGGUGGAGACAAGAGUGAGUCGCUGUACCCGAGCGACCCGCGUACUCGCGCUAUAGUGAAUCAAGUCAUGUUCUUCGAUACUGGCAUCUUUUUCGUCAGGAUUAAAGUUGUUGCUCUCCCCACAAUAAUGGAAGGCAUGAAAGCCGCAACAGAGAAGCACCUCCGAGACUUAGAAGAGGCCUACGGCAUGCUGGAGGCCUAUUUGUCUCGCAACAAGUAUGUGGCGGCCGACCAUAUUACUAUUGCUGAUUUGUCUGUGGCGGGAACUCUUGGAGCUGCACAGGCCAUUCUCCCUUUGAAUGCGGAAAAGUUCCCUAAGACGGCAAAAUGGUACGCUGCUAUGCAAGAGGAGACUUUCUUCAAAAACAUCGCGACUCCCGGUAUAGCGAAGUUCAACGCGGCCAUGCAAUAUUACUGGAAGAAAAAUAAUGCUCAAUAAAUGUUUUUAAACAAA